AGUGUCAAGCUGGGGGGGGGGGGGGGAAGAGAGAGACUAGAAAGGAAGAGUACCUCUGGCAUCUAGCAUACUGCCAGCCAGCAAGUAGCUAACAUGGCUGCGCGAGUAUUUAGAAUACGUGGCUAGCUAGCUAAACCAGUCAAACUAAUAAGAACAGAACACAAGUAAGGAAGCUAACUUCGCUAUAUGGAACAAUGCAUAGCUAGCAGCAACGGGAAGUGGUGCGUUCACGCUAAUGUGUGUCGUGUGUUCACAAGCUAAACAUGGACCUUGGAUCAAUGCUGUACAACAAUUUGAAAGAUGUAUCAUGGAGCACAACGUCCUUACCCCUAGAUCGACUUGUCAGUGUUUAUAGAUUACCGCAAAUUGUCAAGUUGGAUAGUGGUGAGUUAGUGGACGGCUUACGAGACAAUGACUACCUCUUGAUUCAUUCCUGUCGGCAAUGGACUACUAUCACUGCACACAGCCUGGAGGAGGGACACUACGUAAUUGGGCCCAAAAUAGAGAUCCCGGUACAUUAUGAAGGUCAGUUUAAGCUCCUGGAGCAGGACAGAGAUGUCAAGGAGCCGGUGCAGUACUUCAACAGCGUGGAGGAGGUGGCCAAGGCAUUUCCCGAAAGGGUUUAUGUCAUGGAGGAAAUUACGUUUAAUGUGAAGAUGGCCUCGGGCGAAUGCAACGAGGACACCGAGGUGUACAACAUUACCCUGACCACCGGCGACGAGCUCACCCUCAUGGGCCAGGCUGAGAUCCUCUAUGCCAAGACGUCCAAGGAGAAGUCACGCUUCAACACCAUCUUCAAGAGGAUCGGCAAGCUCAACUCCAUCAGCAAGAUGGCGAGCCGCGGCAAGAUGCCCUGCCUCAUCUGCAUGAACCACCGGACCAACGAGAGCAUCAGCCUGCCCUUCCAGUGCAAGGGCCGCUUCAGCACCUGCAGCCCGCUGGAGCUCCAGAUGCAGGAGGGCGAGCACACCAUCCGCGACAUCGUGGAGAAGACCCGGCUGCCGGUCAACGUCACCGUGCCCGGCAGCCCGCCGCGCAACCCGCACGACCUGCACUUGAUCCGCGAAGGCCACCGCUACAAGUUCGUCAACGUCCAGACGAAGACGGUGGUGGUGGGCUGUGUGCUGCGCUGCGACAAGAUCGUCCCCGUCCACUUCCCGCUGCACAUGGCCUCCAUGCCCAGGUUCAUCAUCCCCGAGGGGCUGCUGCAGAGUGAGCUCUGGCUGGACACCAUGGUGCACCGCUGGUUCACCUUCUGCCAGGAGCAGUUUGACAUUGACGACUACUCCCGGGCCGUGCGCGAUGUCAGGACUGACUGGAAUGACGGCGACAGCAAAAGCCCCAAGAAAAGUGGCGGUGGCGGCGGCAGUAAUGGCUGUCCCUCCCACAUGCACGUGCCCAGCUCUCUGACGUACGCCCGCGACGAGCUCACCCAGUCAUUCCACCGGCUCUCGGUGUGCGUGUACGGCAACAACCUGCACAGCAACAGCGAGGUCAACCUGCAGGGCUGCAUGACUCUGUGCGGAGACUGGGCCCUCCUGCCACCCGAGGGCGCUCCGGCCGACACGGCGGACACCGAUUACCUCUUCCCCGAGCUGCUGGAGAACAUGAGCCCGUCCGGCCUCCUGAAGUCUGACGUGCCCUAUGAGGAGCUGUGGCUGGACCACUUGAGAACCAGUCGCGCAGGGGGACACAGCGUCGGCGGCGAGGACCCGAGAGGUCACAGCAGUACCGUCAGCACCUCCAUGGCGGUCCUGUCAUACCCUGUCUCCUCCAGCCAUGUGGGCCCAGUAAUUAGCUCUGAAAUCUCCAUACCUCCGCCCCCAGUCCCUCCCAAGUCUGAAGCUGUGAAGGAAGAAUGCCGUCUAUUGAAUGCACCUCCUAUUCCCCCCCGAAGUUCCAAACAGAUGAUGCCCCCCUCUGUGAUAUCCACCACAACGGCAGGUGUAGCUAAGGCGCGGCAGACCGAAACACGCUCUCCAAGCCCUACCCUCUCCUAUUACUCCUCAGGACUGCACAGCAUCAGCGGAGGUGGAGGAGGAGAGAAUGAAGCAACGGAGGAGCAGAACCAUGUGUGCUACCCCUGCAAUUGGGUCGAGGCCGACGAGGAGAGCCCGACCACGUCCCACGUGAGCCCAUCGUUCCAAGGCGUGCCCUCCGGCCCUUCUAGACUGUCUUGGCCGAACGACUUCAGCGGAGGGGAUUCUCAGGGCACGGAGGAGUUCCAGCCCGUCCACUGUCGAAGUUACUACAGCUAUCCCCGGAAAAGACAGACGGGCACGCCCAAGUCGCCCUGCACCUCAAGCCUUUGUGACUUUGGCGGAAAAGAGCAGGCGACGGAGGGCGAGGGCGCCAUCCACUUCAAAUCCCACAAAGCCUCGUACACUAAUCAGUUUUGCACCAAGUCGUCGAGCUACACUAUGGAAAUGUACAGAGACAAUACUAUGGAAGAGUGUAACACUAAACAAAGCCUGUCAUGCCCCAUCUUGCCACCUAGGACACCCAAAUCAAACGAGCUAAGUCAGUGUUCAGGUACAGACGCGUCGGCAGUUGAAAGCGCUGAGCGGGAUGCUAAGUACCCGGUCGGUCAACAACACGAUCAGGUCACGAUGACGGACAUAUUCUCCAUCUCCUAUCCCCCGCUCCCCCCACCGACAGCGUCCGCCCCUCCCGCCCCCGGGGGAUCGUGGCGUCCGCCCGCCAACCUCUCGGGCCUCUCCAUCGAAGAGGUGUCGAAAUCGUUGCAGUUCAUCGGCCUUUCGGGGGACAUUGUGUCUUUGUUUGUCAAAGAGAAAAUUGACGGGAAUCUACUCCUGCAGCUCACGGAGGAGAUUCUGUCAGAGGACUUCAAGUUGAGCAAACUGCAAGUGAAGAAACUCAUGCAGUUUAUCCAUGGUUGGAGGCCUAAAAUAUAGCCUAACCCUUUAAUAAGAACACUGACCUAAGCAAAAAAAAGAACAUGCAAUGUGCUACAGUGGAUGUAACCUUUUGCCUUCUGCUUUAAGCGGUUUUGUAAUACAAUGCUAUGCACAUUGAGUUUUCCUGGGGGUUCCUGCAUCCAGCAUGACUCUUUUCUUAGAUAUUCUCACACUCUGCACAUUGUACUUCUUAAGAAACAUAACACUACAAUUGGUCUUGGUAUAUACAUCGAUCAGCCAUAACAUUAUGACCACCAGCCUAAUUUUGUGUAGGUCCCCCUUUUGCAGCCAAAACAGCCCU